AUGGAUUUAAAUUCAUCCACCCCUUAUGAAGAAUUAGCAGGAGUAUAUAAUACAUACAUAGAUGAUAUGAUUAAUGAAGCAUUGAGUGAUAAUAGAAAUGCUCUAUCUAAGGAAAAAUUAAUGAAAAUUCCAUAUUCUGAAUGUUACUUAAAUUCAAUCACUGCAGCAAUUGGUAAACAAAAUAAAGGUAAAACAUUAACGAUAUUAAAACAAAUUAUCAUUAUUGCUAACACUUCCCCCCAUUCACAUGUGUUAAUUUAUAUCAACCGUUCAGGUUCACCUUCAGAUGAUACAUUUGAAUCUUUAAAGCAUUUAAUCAAAAUUCCAAUUAUUUCUUUAUCACAAGAAGAAGCAGAAGAUUAUUUAAAAAACUUUUUAAUGUAUAAAGAAUUAUAUAAUACAAUCAAGAAGCAAGGAUUAGAGGAUAAAAUUAUUGAUAAACAACGAGAUGAAUUAUUUGAAACACUUUCUAUUUCAAAUUUUGAUAGAGAAUUUUUGCAUUCACUCAUUUUUCUAGAUGAUGCAGUGAAAUCAAAACUAAUAACAAAUGAGAAAUCAUAUUUUAAUCAGUUAUUAACUCAAUGUCGACACAUUCAGUGUUCAUUCUUUAUGGCUGUUCAAUAUUUCAAAUCAUUAAGCACAAACAUUAAAUCAAAUCUAUCAACACUUUUCAUUUUCAGUGGGUUUAGUCGUCAACAGUUGAACGUUAUGCUUUAUCAAGUGAAUCUACCAAUGAGCAUUAAUGAACUUUACACACAAUAUCAGCAAUUAGGUGAACAUGGAAAAAUAAUAGUUGAUUUAAAUAAAGGAAGUGUUAAAUUUGAUUAA